GCCUACAGUGGUGGAAUCGAACGUCCCCGAGCGCACACGGCGUAGAGGAGAGUACGGCGCACGAGUCUCUGGAAGGAAGAUAACGGUUUCUUUUUUUGCCCCCCUCUCCACUCAAACAACAAGAACAAACCAAACCUGAAUUUUUAGGGGGGUUUUUACAGAGUCUUCUCAUCACAAGGAGGAGGGAAGCGAGGGAUUGGAGCCGCAAGUUUUUUUUUUUUUUUUUUUUCCGUUUUUUUUUCCUCUUCUCCUUUUUUUUUUUCUCCCCGCUAAAAGAGGAUUCUGUGUUUUCGCGGUGGUUUAUUCUCCGCUUUCGCCGCAAAGAUGAUGGUCGGAGAGGUCGAAGUGAAGGAGCGACCGAGGCCGAGUCCCGACUAUUUGAUGCAAUUAUUAAACGAGAAGAAGCUCAUGACCAGUUUGCCAAAUCUCUGCGGCAUCUUCACACACCUGGAGAGGCUUCUCGAUGAAGAGAUCAACAGAGUGCGUAAAGACAUGUACAGCGACACAGUGAAUGGCCUUGUGGACAGACAUCCUCUGGAGCUGCCUGAGCCUAUCGGACCCAUCGUCCACCUGCAGGAAAAACUGUUUGUGCCUGUCAAAGAGUACCCUGAUUAUAACUUCGUGGGGAGAAUUCUUGGCCCUCGGGGACUCACAGCCAAACAGUUGGAAGCAGAGACUGGAUGUAAAAUCAUGGUGCGAGGCAAGAGCUCCAUGAGAGACAAGAAGAAGGAGGAGCAGAACAGAGGAAAGCCAAACUGGGAACACCUAAACGAAGACCUUCAUGUCCUGAUCACAGUGGAAGAUUCACAGGCCAGAGCUGAGCUCAAGAUGAGGAGAGCAGUGGAGGAGGUCAAGAAGCUCCUCGUACCUGCCGCGGAGGGAGAAGACAAUUUGAAGAAGAUGCAGCUGAUGGAGCUAGCGAUUCUCAAUGGGACAUACAGAGACAACAACAUAAAAACACCCACCCUUGCAUUCUCUCUUGCAGCGGCGGCAGCGGCCGCUCAGGGCCCCCGUCUCAUAGCGGGCCCAACUGGUCAGGUGUUGCCUCCCCAGGCACUCCGACCCCAAACACCAGCUGGGGGCCCCAUCAUGAACCUCAUCCGGCCCACUCAGAUGGCUGCCAUGCUGCCCAAUGGCACCCCCACCCUGGUGCCCCCCACACCGGAUGGCGGGCUUAUCUACACCACCCCUUACGACUACCCUUACGCCCUGGCACCCACCUCCCUGCUGGAGUACCCCAUCGAGCACAGUGGGGUUCUAGGUAAGAGAGCCUGGGGAAGCAUGGGUGCAGCAGGUACAGCGGCCAACUUUAGCCAGCCUGGACAGGAGGGCAGCUUGUUUUACCCCGGAAUUGGGGUGCUGGACGCGGCUUCCAUGAGCCACAGUCAGGACUUGUUGAAAGGUGCAAUGGCUACUAAAGUGAGACGGCAUGACACGCGGGUCCAUCCUUACCAAAGGAUUGUGACCGCUGACAGAGCCGCCACCGGCAACUAACACAUGACCUUCUGACCUCUGAACUCUUCACCCAAUGACGAGCCGCCCCAAGCCUGCCUGCUGAUCAGUUAACUGGUAAUUGCCUUUUGCUAGCCUCUCGGACGCAAGUGAGAGAGAGAGGCGCCUGCCCGUACAGUUACCCUAACACGUUCUGACAAAAAAAAAAUUGAAACCAACGCAGAAUCUUCACAGAAACACAACAAAACCCAACAAAGUUGUGUAAUAUUCAUUUUUUCCCUCUGUUCAUUGAGUUCAAUUCCCAUUCUUUCUCUUUCUUUUUCUUCAUGAAUCAUAUACUGGGUGGAUGUGUUUGUGGUAUUACUCAUAAAUCUGCACUGAAUUAUAUAGCAAUAAAGACCCCCAACCCCACCCUGCCCACCCACCUUCCUGUAAUCGCUCUAAUUUGCUGACCUCACUUGUAUAAAUUAAAGUUCAAUAUUUGACGCAAACCAUUUGGUUUUCAGAAUAAUGACAUAAUCCCCCUCAAAUGUAAAAGCCCCUACCUGCUCCCACCCUGUUCCAACACCCACCUAUUGGGAGAGAAAAAGAAAUAGAAGGAAAGAGAACGUACACUCACAUUAACUUGUUUAAUUUCUGUCAUUUUUCACAUGUAGUGCAGUUGUUGAGCUCUAAGAUGUAAUUAUGAGCUGACACAUUCUGGGUGUGCACCUCCAAACAGCUUUCUGUCUGUUUUUAAAAAAAGCAUGGCUGAAAUGAUUGCAAAAGAAGCUUUUUAUGAUUUAUGUGUUUUUUCUUCUGUCUUUUUUUUUUUCCUUUGUCUUUUUUUGUUGUUUUGCUUUUGAGUCAUUUUCUCCACUUGAUUUUGGUUUCUCUGAUGUUCAUAUUUGACUAAUUAGCUUUGUUUAAAUUGACUAGCCAAAAUAAGGCAGGUGGUUAUCACUGGAAAACAAAACGCAAUCUGAUUGACACAGGCUUCAGAAAGUAGGAAAGGGCAAGAUGGGAAGGUCACUAUUUGGGAUGAGGGGUCUCUGUGUGCGUGCGUGCGUGCGUGCGUGCGUGCGUGCGUGCGUGCGUGUGUGUGUGUGUGUGUGUGUGUGUGUGUGUUUUUUAAUUAAUACUACAAUGAAAGUAGGGUGUGCUGAGGCUUCGGGGACAUUGGAGCAGUACUUAUUAGCUACUGACCAUUGCUACGCCCCCAUCCACACUACAUCCAUUAUACAGUGCCUGAUGUAUUUAGAAAAAAUAUCUCAAUGAGUUAGCAGAGCUGUGAUAGAAAAGACAAAAAAAAAAGUAUUAAGUGUGCAUAUUUAGCCAAAGGGUUUUUCCAAUGAAUUAUAUAUCUGCAAUUAUGCAUCUGUGUCACAGAGGGCUCUCUUUGUGAUUUUAGAGUUUGGAAAGGUGUGAAUUUGUGGUGCCUGCCUUCAGCUGGAACAGACAGCCAGUCAGUUAGAUGUGUUUUCACCCAUUAAUGCUCUAUUUUUUUUUUUUUUUCUGAAGAGGUGAACGCAGGCAAUUAACACUAAAUCAACAUACUACUCAAUGACAGUACAUUGCUAGGGGGAAGGGCACUCUGAAGUUCUGUACAUAAAUGCUUUCGUCAUGAUACCUGGCUUCUAUAUUGAGUUGUUUCAUCAGCCACAUUGCCAAAAGAGUGUUCAUUUGUUUGUCAUUUUUUGCAUCUCAACAUUUGGCCAUUUUUUUAAGUGUAUUUUUUUUUUUAGUUAUAAUCCCAGUUAAAUUUCUGUCGGGACAUCAGUUGGGCAUAAUGUGAGCCUUCCUGCAAAUUAGACAACUUAUUUUUUUUGUUUGUGGUGAAACAGGUUAUUUGGAACACAUGACAAACCAUCCAAAAGCGCAUCCACAAUGUGUCACACUUCCCUGUGAUCGCAGUCAAGCUCCUGAGCCCACAAUCUUUUGUUCAACUCUCUCAAGAAAAAUAGGAUGUGAAAGCCAUGCCUGCCUGUUCAAAUUGCUUUAUACAUACGUCUUAUAUAUAUAUAUAAAUAUAUAUAUAAAUAUAUAAAAAUGUAGAUAUCUGUCAUUGCAUAUACAAAUACAGAAGAGAACAAAACAUAGAUAAUUUUACAGGGUGCUGGAGAAGAGAAAAAAAUUGAAAAAUCUAUUUUUGGCAAUUUUAGCUUUUGAUACUUUACUUGCAGUUACAAAAUCAGAAAAAAAUAAAAUAAAAAAAACUUUAAAACAGUAUAGGGGGAAAAACUGAGUGGGUGAGGAUAAAGUGCUGUUAACCUUUUGGAUAUGAUUGGAAAAGGAAGACAAAGACCAAAACAGUCAUAACCCUUGAAAAGCUAGCGCGGAUCAGAAGCGAGACGGACGCCUAGAGAGUUUUAAAAGGAUCAAAUCGAAGUGCCUUAUCAACAGUGGUUUCUGUUUUCUGAGUAUUCCAGUUGUGUUCAAUAAUAUCCAGCACCCACCGAGAUGGCGCAGAGAGGAAUGGCUAGUGUUACACGCUCUGAAUAGUUGAGCAGGGUAGCUCCCACCUUAUCGUGGUGUUACCGAAGUUAUUCUAUGCAAAAAGAAUAGCAGUCGUUUUGACCAGCUAAAAAUAUGUGCCAUGGUUUUGUCUUCCUGAAAUUAUUUUGUUUGUUUUUUUUUUCUUUUUCCUUGACUUGAUGGCCCUUUACUCUGCUGUAUGUGCAGGUUUUGUUCUCUUUUUAUUUAGAUUUUAAUGAUCAUAUGAAAUUAUUGUGUUGAUUUUUGGUGACUGUGACUAACUUCCUAGAACAAAUCGAACUGCCAAUAGCAAUGCAGUAUUCUGCCAGAACAUGUUUUGAUCAUGAGCUGAGAAAAAUACAUAAACAUUCAAGGGGUACGGAUACGAGAAGUCGGGGGCGUCCCAGUUGGCAUUAAUGCCCCGUUUGUUUCAACAGCUGCAAACUGAAUGCAUCCAGUCCAUGUCUCAAUGUGUCAAUUUGACAACAAACUAUCAAUACAAUCAUGAGAUUUCUAAUGGACGAAUGAAAUGCUGGAUAAUGAAAGGAGCAACUCUAUUUCACAGCCAAACAGUUUUCAGUUAUUGAAACAACUGACAGUUUAUUGCUGGAAGGUGAAAUAAACCCAUAAUAUUAAAUUGAGGAAUUCUUAGAUCCCAAUAUUACCCUUGGCAGUUUGUUUUUCUAUUCAUAGCUCUUUCAUCAUGCUGUUAUACCGAAAGGUCAAUGAAUUUUUCUUUUUCAGUGUUAUUAUUUUAAAUUGAAAUGCAAUAUUAAAGUGGAGCAAGAGAUGGCUAUUCAGCAUUUGACAGUAUUAAGAAAAUUCCCUCUGCAAUGUUACAACUUGCUGUGUCAUUGUGAAAGGCUGGAUAAGUCCAUCAGGUGAAAGGUUAACUCUAUACCUACCGUAUUCUCUCUGGCCUGCCUACUACAUGUAUGAUAAUGUAAUUAACAGCCAUUGUUACAGGUUUAUAAUGUAUUUUUCUAAUCUCAUUUUAUAUGUAUAUUAAUCAUGUUUCUGAGUGCUUUUUUUUUAUGAAACCCACUGCAACUCCCCCCCCCCCCCCAAACAGCCCUCUCUUCCUCCUCCCCCCCCUCUCCCCCCCUUUACAUCUUGAAAACUGUCUCUUGUGGGGAGUGUUGCCUUUUCCCUGUUAUAUUUUGUUUUGUUUUCUUGCCAAUUCCCAGCUUGUUUAACUCAUUAGCUACUUUAUUAGUUUUCUUGUCAUAAGUAUUUUUACAUGCUUGCAUUUAGUUUUCAUGGUGUAUGCUGUUAUUUUUCUUAUUAACCUCUUGGCAUUUAUUUUAAUAAAACAUUCUUAGUAAGAAUUUUACUAACUUGCUGAUAUUUUGUCUUGUGUUUUUAACCAGUUUCAUGAAUGUAUUACCUGGUCUGGUUCACGGACUAACACAAUUAAAACUGGUGUCUGGCCACCACUUACACUGACUGACUGACUGACAUGCACUCUACAUAAACACACGCUCACACACUAGCCAACUGUGCACAUACACUCUACAUGAAAUUACUCAGCACACACACACACACACACACACACACACACACACACACAAAUCUAACUGGAAACUGCACGAGUAAGAUAAGCGUCCCUCACUCCCGCUCACGCACUCUCACCUCUGCGCUGGAGAAAUCUGCUGACACUCUUCAUACUUGCCCUCCCCGCUCAGUUCCAACAUCGCUGCUGUGUCUCGUCGUCUCUGUUAGAGACAACUCUCUUGUUAGUUGUCCUGUCCUUCUGUGUCACUGACACCCCCCCCCGUGAGACAACAGGAAGUGUCUGUGGGGGUGGGGGUGGGGGUGUAAGCUGCACGCUACUUGAGGUCACUGGUUAACUUCUGGGUGAGCUGUUCCCUCUUUAACAAAGCACACUGAUUUUAAAAAGGGUGAUUUGUCUGCACACAAUGGUUAAUCCGUAAAGACAGAACUCCACUUUCCUCUUUUUCUAACCAUUAGUUAGUGCAGGAUAAUCCAGGCAAAAAAAAUACUGCAUGCUAGUCGUCUCAAAAGGAUUAAUUUAACUGUGAAUUAUGCAGUGCAGGACAUCUCAGCACACACUAUUGAUGUGAGUUAUUUACAACAGACACGUGGGGCAAAUUUAUAGAUGAAAGUUGUGUGAUAGUCUAAAGCUGUCCCCAGUCCAGUUUAUUUCCUGCAUUGCUUCCACGGCUUGUUAUGCCUGGAUAGCAGCAUUACAGUUAUCACCAGCUGUUGUCUGUUUGGUGAACACUUCUCCCCAUUCGGCUUAUUGAUAUAAUAGCUAAUACUGGGCCAUUUGGGAGCAUCCAUAAUGCUUAGACACACACCAGUACACCAUGCCAAUAUGAAGUACUUUGGGAUCAAAACAACCUUACUAUUCCUUCCAGUGUAAAACGCUGAUACGGCUUUCAGGUAGCUUGUAUUUAUUGUUUUUGUUUAGGGGGAAGUUUUUUUUUUUGUCUGAAACACUGCCAGUGUGUGGUGUUCAUUCUACUACUGUGUCAGUGCACUCGUCCCUGGGUUCAUUCAGCUCUCUUCUCUCUAUUCAGCUUUCUUCCUCCUCCACUAAUUCAAGGUGUUGACACUGACACACAAGCAAAAGAUUAACUUCAUUAAUCCUGAUUAUUACUUUAACCCACUGAGUGAUGCCUCCAGAUUUUUUUUUCAUCUUCUCUCCCCCCCCCCCCCUCCUUUUUUAAAAUCUGCACAACAAAAGCAACUUUGGCCUUAACUGUUGCAAAUUCUCUUCAUGUCUCAGCAAGAAAAGAACAAGGAUUAAAAGUGUCUAACAUCAAACUUAACAUUUCUCUCCUCUCUGGAAUUAACAUUUUGUGUCUUUGAUCUGGAAAAAAAGAAAAAAACCUGGGUGUUUUUGCCUAUAACACCUUCUUGUACACCAGCAAGUAGAGACAGAGAUUGGAUUACUGGCAGCCCAAAUUGUUUUCCCUCCUUUUAUACGUUAGGUGUUGUGAAGCCAUAAGCUUGUUUAUUUAUUAAUGUAGGAUCAGUCUUUUUUUUAAAUUAUGUUUUUGAUUGGCUCCUUUUGUGCUGUAAUGAGCAACUUGAGCUAAAAUCCGUCCAUUAGCAGUUGAUGUAUUUAUACUGUCACAAGCCUCGCCGUUUAUGUGUCAGAGGUUUUCAGUGGCUCGCCGCAAUCACCAAGCUGAUGAAAAGAACACUGACAAGUGGCGAGUUAUUUCCCACAACGCAAUGUAUUACAAACACUGCCUGAAAUAUAGCAUCUGUGAGUUUAAAAAGUGCCUUUUUUUCCCCCUAAGAUUGGGAAAUUAUAUAUUUUUGUACCUAAUCUUUGAAGUGCCAAUUUUCUGUCUCCCUUUUUAUCUCGCCAAAAGCUUCUUUUUUAAAAAAAAAAACAAAACUAAAUGCCCAUGUUUUUUUGUUUUGUACAUACUCUUUUUUUUAAAAAGAAACUGGGAAAGUUUGAUCAAGCAUUGGAAACUUGGUCGCAGACAUUUCCCACCAUUAAGCUGUGGUUUAAUGGGUCCUGUUUUCAAUUUGAUCAACUGAGAAUGUUUGAUUGGACCACAGUAUGCAGCGAACGUCUGUUUGCAUACUGCUGCCAUCUCUGGCCGAGGUUCUCAGUGCCUUUUCAAAUCUGUCGCAGGGCAUUCAGUGUAUUUAUCUACUAACUACCUUCUCACCUGUCAAUCUUUUAUUUUUCUUCUGUUCUGUUUAACAAACAUUCCUCCAAUGAGUUAAACGGCAGGUUAACCAAUCAGUAUUGGUCUCAGAGAUGUAGCACUCAGGUGGUUAAAUGGCAAAUGCUACCAAAAUACAGAAUGAGAAAAAUUUUAGCCCCACUGGAUUUUUUUUCCUCUUUAUUUUUUUUGACUGUGAUAAAAGUAUAAUACUUUUUUUUUUCCUAAAAAUUAUACUAGUAUGGUUUAUACUGUAAGUUCCUCAUCCAUAUAGUGAUGCACUAAAAUCUGUGAGAUUUCUUUUUUUUUUGUUGGAGUUGUAAGUUUUUAUGUGAAGUAGCCUUUAUUUUGUUUUGUGUUACCUUGUUUUUAUAGAGGGUUAGACUGAGAAUAUUGAAUAGGGUGUAAAACAUGUAAUGCCAGUUUUUGUUGCUCACACCAAAAACAAAAAAAGGAAAACAAAUGUCAUGUGUGCAAUAAAGAACCAUAUUUACAAGCUUC